AUGGCGUCUGGGGUUUCGGUUGAUCCAGCGUGCUCUGCGGAGCUUUUGACCCUUAUCCGUGCGUGUCCGCGCCAGUACCGAGCGGUUAUUUACCGAGUGUCGCCUGACCUUCGUACGAUUAUAGUGGACCGCGUUCUGCCGUCGUCGAACAUCACUGGUCGGAGCGCCGUGGAAGAUUGGAAGGAGUUUACGAGUGACAAGUACCUACCCCGGGACGAUUGCCGGUACGCGGUCUACGACUUUGAGUUCGAUACUGCGGAGACGGGAAAGAAGAACAAAAUAAUUUUCUUGCUCUGGUCCCCCGCUAGCGCACCGAUCCGGUCAAAGAUGGUUUACACUUCUUCGAGGCAAGCGAUCGUCGCAGUUCUCGACGGUGUCCAAAAGGAGGUGCAGGCGACCGACGAGGAGGAACUCGAGUAUGCAUGGGUCGAGUCGCAGGUGCGCCUCGCGUCAUCCGCGCGCUAG